AUGGCAGAAUUGUCUUUAUCAUCUCAGGACCAAUUAUGCUGUCCAGUUUGUCUGGAUCUCCUGAAGGAUCCAGUGACUAUUCCCUGUGGACACAGUUACUGUAUGAGCUGUAUUAAGGGCUACUGGGAUCAGGAUGAUCAGAGAGGAGUCUACAGCUGCCCCCAGUGUAGACAGAUCUUCACUGCAAGACCUGUUCUCAAUAAGAAUACAAUGCUGGCUGAACUGGCUGAGACAAUAAAGAAGUCAGGACUCCAGGCUGCUCCUCCUGCUGUCGGUUAUGCUGUACGUGGAGAUGUGGAGUGUGACAUCUGCACUGAGAGAAAAACUAAAGCUGUCAAGUCCUGUCUGGUUUGUCUGGCCUCAUUUUGUGAAACUCACCUCCAGCCUCACUAUGAAUCACCUGCCCUGAAGAAACAUAAGUUGGCUGAAACCCCCACACACCUAAAGGACAGGAUCUGCUCUCAACAUGACAAACUGAUGGAGAUUUACUGUCGCACUGACCAAAAAAUGAUCUGCUAUUUGUGUACAACGGAUGAACACAAAGGCCAUGAUACAGUCUCAGCAGCAGCUGAGCAGACCGAGAAACAGAGACAGCUGGGAGAGACACGGAAUAAAACCCAGCAGAGAAUCCAGGAGAGAGAGAGGGAGCUGCAGAAGCUGAAACAGGCUGUGAAGUCUCUCAGGAUCUCUGCACAGACAGCAGUGGAGGACAGUGAGAGGAUCUUUACUGAGAUGAUUGAGUCCAUUGAGAGAAAGCUCUCUGAGGUGAUAGACCAGAUAAGAGCUAAGGAGAAGGAUGAACUGAGUGUGGCUGAAGAUCACAUAAAGAAACUGGAGCAGGAGAUUUCUGAGCUGAGAAAGAGAGACACUGAGCUGGAGCAGCUUUCACACACAGAGGAUGACAUUAACUUCCUCCAGAGUUUCCAGUCUCUCUCUGUUCAUUCUGGAUACAAAGAGUUACCCAGCAUGAUUGUCAAUCCAGACUUCUCUUUUGAUGAUAUGAGAAAGUCUGUCUCUGAAGUGAUGAACAAACUAGAGGAAUUCUUCAAUGAGGAGACACUUAAGAUACCAGACAAUGUAUUUUUUUUUAAUCUCCGUGUGUCCUUAGUUCCCGAAAAAUGGACUCUCCUGCUUUCUGAGCCCAAGACGAGAAAGGGGUUCUUACAGUAUUCCUUUCAGCUCACACUGGACAUAAACACAGCACAUAAAAACCUCCAUUUCUCUGAGGGGAACAGAAGGGUUAUGGGGGCUAUAACACCACGCCCAAAUCCUGACCAUCCAGAGAGAUUUGACCAGUGGUGGCAGGUUCUGUGUGGAGAGAGUUUGUCUGGACGCUGUUACUGGGAGGUUGAGUGGAAUGGGUGGGUCUCUAUAGCAGUGUCAUACAAAGACAUCAGCAGGAAAGGAAAAGUUAAUGACAGUGGGUUUGGACUUAAUAAUCAGUCCUGGAGACUGGACUGUUAUCACUCCAGUUACACUUUCCUUCACAAUAACAAUGGGACUAAGCUCCAGGCGGUUCCCGGCUGCUCGAGAAUAGGAGUGUAUCUGGAUCACAGGGCGGGAACUCUGUCCUUCUACGGCAUCUCUGACACAAUGACCCUCCUCCACAGAGUCCAGACCACAUUCACUCAGCCCCUCUAUGCUGGAUUUUCAUUAAGCAUUUUUAGUUCAAUUACUCUUCAGGUUUUAGAUCUUUAAAAGGGUCUUUAAUAAAUCUGACUGUAACACCAGUGUCAGCAGAUUAUCAAACUCACAGCAUGAGUGUAAUUAUGUUAACGGAUACAGACAACAGCAAAA